UUACAGAAACGUUCAAAUAUUUUCAACGCAGUAGGUUUGUUAAAAUUGUGAAAUACUUCGAAGUGAAAAUAUUUUUCUAUUUGGAUAUAGGUUACGGAUGAAAUAGGAUAUAAAAAUAUUUUUUGAAACUUCGAAGGUUUUGUUCUACCAGAUACUGAGUGUAUUUUAUUGACAAAUCAAGCGGAGGCGAUCUGACAUCUAGAUUAUUCUUCAGGAAUCAUUAGAACGUAGACAGGGGCUAACAAGGAAACAACGGAAGAAUUUACAUCAAUCUGGAAAAUAUAUUGAAAUGCAAGUCACGGACAGCUGUUAUCUAAACAAAAUCCUGUAAAUGUUUAUCGCAUGUGACAAGCCUUUUAUUUGUCGCGAUCAAUUUCCGACCUUAUAAUUGACCCAAUCGCCUAUCGGACUUUUUUUCCAAUAUGGAAUUGGAAAGUAAGGAGAACGCCAAUUAUUUAAUAGCGAUAUAUAUUGCUGCACCGAUCGCUACAGUGGUAUUGCUAUUGGCGUGUGUUUAUGUCUACUGUUACCGCCGAUCCAGACUGAAUUGGUAUGAAAAGUAUUUAUUGGAAGAACAUCAGCGACAGUCGGCUGCUGGGACGACAGAAAACGCGGGAAGUAGUAAUAAGCGAGGGAUUACCGGUGUUACUAGAAAUAAGAAUUAUAGGAGACGGAAUUGUUUUGGAAAUUUGAAACCACUAAAACCAAUCGUGGAGGUCAUUAAAAGUUUGAAGAAGUUGACAACGAGGCUUAAGUCCUCGAGUGAAAAUGGUUCAAGGGAUUGUGAGAAUAAAACAGAGUGGAUAGUUUGUUCCAGAAAGAGAAUGGGAUCUAGUCCAAGUUCGCCUGUACAUGAUCCGGCGGAAGAGAAGUUUUGGGUACCGCCGGCAGUUUUGGACAGAAAGAGGGCACAGAGUCUUAUUCCGACGACGACACAAACUGAGAGUGAGGAAGAUAACAGCUCUGGCACGACAACACCGGCAUCAAUCGGAGGUCUUCGUGAGUUUACGUACACCUUUCAGUCUACACCCCUAAUCAGUUCAGACGGCUUGCCCUCUCCAAUCCCCCCGGGUAACAGACAACGCCGUGCUUCAAUGCAAGACGCCAUAGACUUUCGUAAAAUAGAUUCGAAGCUCUAUGAUAGAAGGUUGUUGCAACGACAACAGUCAGUCGCCAGCAUUGAAGAGGAUCCACUCGGAAGCAUAAAUUUUAGUGUAGAAUUUAAUUCUGAAACCAGUUUGCUCACAGUCUAUCUUGUAGAAGCCGAGAAUCUUGUGUCACGUGACUUCAGUGGAACUUCUGACCCAUACUGUAAAGUGUGCGUUCUUCCUGAUCGCCGAAAUCAGCUUAAAAGUAAAAUUCAUAGAAAAACUACAAAUCCAGUUUUCGACGAAGAAUUUAUUUUUGAAAUUGAUCCAGAUAUGUUACAAACUAUGACACUAGAGUUGCUCAUUUUCGAUUAUGACCAGUUUUCGCGACAUGACUGUAUUGGACAGGUUAAAUUGCCAUUUGAGAAUGUUGAUUUUUCUCAGCGACAGACAUUCUGGAAGCCUAUUGCCAAGCGAGAACAAAAAGGAAUAACAUCGAAUGGCGACUUGAUAUUUUCUUUGGGAUACCUGUCGAGUGCAGAACGACUUACUGUUGUAGUCAUGAAAGCCAGAAAUUUACGACAUACGGAAGAGGGCAAAAUUACAAUGGACCCCUAUGUGAAAGUAUUGCUCAGCUUCGGAAACGGUAAAAAAUCAAAGAAGAAAAAGACAUCAACGAAACAUAAUGUGCUCACACCUGUUUGGAAUGAAGCUUUGACCUUCAAUUUGCCAAAAGACUACUUGAACUCUGUUUCCCUUGAGUUUCAUGUGUGUCAUGAUAAUAAAAUGGGGAACGACGAAAUUCUAGGACGUACCAGGAUCUCGAAAGAAUCAACCGGGGAUGAAAGACUGCAUUGGGAUGAAAUGGUAAACUGCAGAAGCGCCGUGGCUAGAUGGCAUACACUGUCCAUAUUGUGACAUCAAAAAAAUAUCUGAAGUCGACAGCAAAAACAAAAUGUUUACGAAUACUUCGUGAUAGUGAUGUUUGUAACACUAUAGCCGUAACAAAAAUAUGUUUGUGAUUGUAGGAUACCGUUCUACAACACAUACGUUGUUGGCCUAUACAUGCAUAUUAUUAUUGUCUAAAAGGUUGUAACAGCUUUCUAUAUAUGAUUAAUUAAAUACAUAAACGCCUUGUAUUGGAGUGGGACAAAUAACCAUGCUUUCACUUUAUAAACACAUUAGAUGGAAACACGAUAUUUCUACAUAGCAAAUUUUGUAUUCAUUCGAUAAAUUAUUCAAACAUUUCGUCUAAAUCUGGAAAUUCAAUGAUUUUUGAGUCGGCUAAAGGCUGAAAGCCUUUUGACGAGUCCUUGCUAUCCAACGAUUCUCUAAAUGGACCGAAUAACAUGUGAAGGGAUGUAGUUCCAUUAGAUUUCUCAAAUUUCAAACAGUUCACUGCAUGAAUGAAGUUAAGUUGUGUCAAUUCCCUUUGCUAUGACCAAUAUACGAUGUAAUCUGUCAUAUUUAUGACUUGUAAUUGUGCAAUUCUCGAAUGUAACUCAUUAAGCAUAAAUGUGCAUUUUAAGAAUUGCGCAGGCUUACAAAGCUUGGGUAACAUCCAGCGAAAGACAAAAAAUAGUUCAGCAGGGCUCCAGAUAAGAUGCGUAUUAGCGUAAAUUACGUAUAGAAAUAAUGCAAAUACGCAUGUCUAAUAAUUUCUAAGCGUAUAAAAACGUAUAUAAAAUUAAGAAGCACAGAAACGCACACAAUGCUUUUUUAAAAACAAAAUCUGAAUCGUCUGGAUGCGUUAGGUAACAUAGCCGAUCAGCCUUAAUUCUUCCACAUUGAACGUAAACACGCAUCGUAUGAUUUCUAUAAACUUUGCGUGGGUUGAAUUUUGCAGUCAGGUAAACGGAUAAAUUAUCGGAAGAAGAAGCUCUUACUGGUUUGUUUAGUUACUACUGAUAUCAAAAAUGAUUUUAAUUCUUAUUUUUCGAGAAAUAAACAAAUCGGCGAAACAUUAAAUUGUAUUUUCUUGUAGUUUUUGAAAUCGAAAGUAGAUCGUCUAUGUUUGGCGAAACGAAACAACUUUUUUAUGAAAAGAUUUAAAUAAGAUGUAAUUUAACCGUAAACUUCAAUGUCAGAUACUGCCAGUUGCUGCUAAAUGUCUUCGUAUCAUCACAAUUUGUAAAAUAUAUUGUUUCAAACUGGAGAAAAGUGUAAUCGUAUCUGGAUAUAAUAUUUUGGGUAAAUAUCGAGCUGUGUUAUGAAAUUUUAAGAAAAAAACUAAAAACAAACUGAAACUGGUAGACUAUACUGUCAGUACAUCAAUCAUUAGCCGACUCAGGCCAUUCAGGCCUUUGAUUUUUCAAUUUAAUACCAUUAUUUAAUCUUUGACGUAAGUAUUAAAUUCAAAAACUUGUUCCGUUCAUUCGCGCACUGCAGCACAGUACCUAACAGAUGUGUCUAUCGCAGCAGCCGACAAAUAAACUUACUCACUGCAUUAUACAAGGGUGGCGGGAAAAUCCAAAACCGCGCAUUCAGUUUUCAUUGAUACUACGUUUUAUUUAUAUACAUGUAUUAUUUUAUCAUAAAAUCUCUAAAGUCUGCGCUAAUAUGGAGAAAUUCGAAUGACAAAUGAUUUAGUCAUGUUUUGUAAAAAUGUGUUGUAGUUUACCGAAUGAUUCAUAUAUUUUAUACAUUCCUAAAAUUUUUCUUUCUUCAUAAAAUGCAGCCAUAUCAAACAGAAUGGACUAUAUUAACCAUGUAUCAUAAAUUAAAGUUGUAUCAAAUAUU